UCCCCUCUCACUUUCUCUCUGUCACAUUUUCCCUCAAUUUCUCUCCCUCUCUCUCCGAGUCACUGACUCACCUCGUACGGACUCCGAUUCCCCGAUUCCGAGUUGAGUUCACCUCAAGCAACGCGCGAUCCGAUGAUGAAUCGUUCCUCCGCCGCCGAUGACUCCGCCGUCUCCGGCGAGAUCAUGCUGUUCGGAGUCAGGGUCGUGGUUGAUUCGAUGAGGAAGAGUGUCAGUAUGAACAAUCUCUCACAGUACGAGCUUCCUCAAGACGCCAACAAUAACAACAACAGCAACAACAAAGACGUUAUCGCCGCCGAUUACGCCUCCGCCGACAACGCCGCUCCUCCCAGCUCCGGUAAGCAGCGCGACCGCGAGCGCAAGCGAGGGGUACCGUGGACGGAGGAAGAGCACAAGCUGUUCUUGGUGGGAUUGCAGAAAGUAGGGAAAGGUGAUUGGAGGGGAAUCUCAAGGAACUACGUCAAAACGCGAACUCCAACGCAGGUUGCUAGUCAUGCUCAGAAGUACUUUCUCCGGCGAAGUAACCUCAAUCGCCGUCGCCGUAGAUCCAGCCUCUUUGACAUCACCACCGACACGGUCUCUGCAAUUCAAGUGGAGGAAGAACAGGUCCAGAAUCAAGAUACCAUGUUUCAUUCACAGCCCAUGUGCCCUGAAACUAGCAAAAUCAGUGGAUUUCCUAUGAUGCCGCCGGUAUAUCAGUUCGGUGUUAAUGAGAGUCCAAUGGAAGAACUCUCUCUGGGACAAGGAAACAUGAAACCCAAUGUGCCAACCAAUCUAUUCCAUCCAAUUCCUGUUGCCCCAGAUCAUAAAUCUCCCGCCAUGUCUGAUAUCACAUCCAGUUCGAGUUCCGCUGUUGAGCCGCCAACACUCUCCCUCGGGCUAUCCUUCUCAUCUGAUCAGAGGCAGACAUCAUCAAGACAUCCAGCUUUACAUUCAAUGCCGCGUUUCAACAACGGAGAUAGCAUCAUAAGUGUUGCUUGAUAAAGAUGAAAUCAUGAAAUGAUCAUGAUCCAUAUCUAGAUCAUCUUUGUUUCAAAGAUUACUUAUCUCUAAUCUCAUGUCACCGACCUUUUUUGGUGGGAGAAGAGGAAGAGCUUGAAGGAAAGGGCGAUGGAUUAGAGAAGGCAAGCUUAGGUGACUGUGUUUGAUGAUCCUUGUACAGACCGGGGACAUGGUCCUGUCCUGUUUCUUCUUCUUGUUUGGUUAUGUUAAUGCUAUCUAUGACUUGAGAUUCUUGUUUAUUUGGACUUUUAUGUUUGUAGUUGAUGGAUGUAACUGGAAAUAACAAAGUACUUUCUGUUCAUUGCUGAUAA